UUGAAUGAAGAGUGUUUAAUGGUGAUGGUAUAAAUAAAAGCACCACCUUUGGCCUGCGCUUUGGCCUCUUUCUCUCUCUGCUUGCUCAAGAGGCAAUUGCUUCCCCUGGGUCUUCGCGGGUCCUAUCGGCAACACGCUUUUCUCUCCCAACCCCCUAAGCCUCUGUUCCAUUUGUGCAUCAAAAAACAACUCCCCAAAAAAAAAAAAACUCUCUCUCUCUCUCUCUUGAACAGCCAAACCUGCGCAGAAAAGAAUGAUAAAAUGAGAAAGCUUUCAAUUUCAGCAUCAGUUUCUUAUAGUCUAUAAGUGUUCUUCUUGGUGUUGGGCAAUUUGCGCAAACAAAGGUCAAGAUGUCUGGUUUUGUGGGUGUUAUUGUGUCUGAUUCAUGGCUGCAUAGUCAAUUCACCCAAGUGGAGCUUCGUACCCUCAAAGCCAAAUAUGUUUCUGUAAGGACUCAAUCUGGUCAAGUCACGGUGGGAGAUUUGCCAGCAGUUUUUGUAAAAUUGAAGGCUUUUACCGAAAUGUUUACUGAGGAUGAGAUUAAGGAUAUCUUGGGGGAGUCAUAUAAGGAUAUGGACGAAGAAAUUGAUUUUGAAUCCUACCUUCGGGCAUAUUUAAAUUUACAAUCUCGAGCUUCAGCAAGAUCAGGUGGUUCAAAGAAUUCUUCUUCAUUUCUCAAGGCCACAACAACAACCGUUCACCACUCAAUUAACGUAUCUGAGAAGGCUUCUUAUGUUGCCCACAUUAACAGCUACCUGGCAGAUGAUCCAUUUUUGAAGAAGGAUCUUCCCAUGGAUCCAUCUACAAAUGCUUUAUUUGAUCUUGUAAAGGAUGGAGUUCUUCUCUGUAAGCUUAUAAAUAUAGCUGUUCCUGGCACCAUAGAUGAGCGAGCUAUUAAUACUAAAAAGGUCCUGAAUCCAUGGGAGAGGAAUGAAAAUCAUACUCUUUGCCUCAAUUCUGCAAAAGCUAUUGGCUGCACAGUGGUUAAUAUUGGCGAACAGGACUUAAUUGAAGGAAGACCACAUCUGCUACUUGGCUUGAUUUCUCAAAUAAUCAAGAUUCAACUAUUGGCUGAUCUCAAUCUGAAGAAAACUCCUCAACUGGUGGAAUUGGUGGAUGACAGCGAUGAUGUGGAGGAGCUUUUGGGCUUAUCACCUGAAAAGGUCUUACUGAAAUGGAUGAAUUUUCAUCUGAAAAAAGUUGGGUACGAGAAACAAGUUACAAACUUCUCGUCUGAUGUGAAGGACGGAGAGGCAUAUACUUACCUGCUUACCGCUCUUGCACCUGAACACUCAGGCCCCGGUGAGCUGGAAACAAAAGAUCCUACAGAAAGAGCAAAUAUGGUUCUUGCGCAUGCAGAGAAAUUGGAUUGCAAACGAUACCUCACUCCUAAGGACAUUGUUGAGGGUUCACCAAAUCUUAAUCUUGCAUUUGUUGCACAAAUAUUCCAGCACAGGAAUGGCUUGACAGUCGACAGCAAAAAGAUGUCUUUUGCUGAGAUGAUGACAGAUGAUGCACAAACGUCUCGCGAGGAGAGAUGCUUCCGAUUGUGGAUUAACAGUCUUGGAGUUGCUACCUAUGUCAAUAAUGUUUUUGAGGAUGUCAGAAAUGGAUGGGUUAUUUUAGAAGUUCUUGACAAAGUUUCACCAGAAUCAGUUAACUGGAAGCAGGCAUCAAAACCUCCUAUAAAGAUGCCAUUUAGAAAAGUUGAGAACUGCAACCAAGUUAUAAAGAUUGGAAAGCAAUUAAACUUCUCCCUUGUGAAUGUAGCUGGGAAUGAUAUUGUGCAAGGAAAUAAAAAGCUCAUACUAGCAUAUUUAUGGCAACUCAUGAGGUUCACUAUGCUCCAACUCCUAAAAAACUUGAGAUCACACUCCCAAGGUAAAAAGGGUAAAGAGAUAAAAGAUGCUGACAUUCUAAACUGGGCAAACGACAAAGUAAAGAAGGCGGGUAGAAACUCCCAAAUGGAUAGCUUUAAGGAUAAAAACCUUUCAAAUGGGAUUUUCUUCCUCGAGCUUCUUAGUGCUGUAGAGCCAAGGGUGGUGAAUUGGAGUGUUGUUACAAAGGGAGAAACUGAGGAAGAUAAGAAGUUGAAUGCAACAUAUAUAAUAAGUGUUGCACGAAAGCUGGGGUGCUCCAUUUUCUUGUUACCUGAGGAUAUUAUAGAGGUAAACCAGAAGAUGAUCCUUAUUUUGACGGCUAGCAUCAUGUAUUGGAGCCUACAACAACAGGCAGAGGAUGCUGAAGACAGUAAUACUCCCGAUGCAUCCCCUGUAGCUUCAGUGGAUGGUGAAAGGGAAACAGUUUUGGCUUCUGAGGUCGCGAAUGAUGAAGCCUCUGAUCAGGUCGAAGGAAAGGAAAGUCCUGAUGGAGAAUGACCUGAAAUACAACUCAAGAAUAUUUCCCCCCUCUUUCUCCUCUUUAUUUAUUGUUUUUAUUCUAAGAGAACAGGAAAAGAAGAAGUAAAUUUGGUUGUAGUUAGCAAAUGUUCUGUUGCUCUCCAUGUAUAAGAGAGAGCGCUCAUUCUAGUAUGUGCAUGUAAACCACAGAAGAAAAAAAGGGUCCUGUAAAUUUUCUUUCUUUAACUAAAGGUUACUGUUCUUAGGCAUAUUCUUUUGAUUCAAAUUACAUUGAUUUUGGGGAAUAAUGUAAGUGGGGCUUGAAGCAUUAUUUGUU